AUGCCUGCUAUGCUGAUCCUGUGUUGGGCGCUUCUGUUCACCCUGACCUGGAGCGCUGGAGAGUAUAGUCCAAGUUCCAAUCAUAGCGAUGAACAUGAUCUUUUCAAAGAAGCAUUCGACCAUACCUCUGCGGAUCAGGAUCACAUCUAUGCUCGCGAUUAUGUCAGAUUCGAUCGCACCAACAUAGCUAGCCAGGCUAUGUGGGACAUGGCCGUGGCAAAUGCCGAGCGCCUCAGCUGUAUGAUGCGCCGCACCGACAUUGACGCUGGCAAAAUACUGCGUGACAGUCGCAGCACUCCCUCAGCUGAAAGCUCAUUCAGUGGUCCAUUCCAGGCUCGUCGUAUAGUCACGUUGCUCAAGAGCUGGGGCUGGCACAAAACUCCAACCCCGGAGUAUAUGACAAGGUUUUUCACUCACUGGGGCUGGGAUGAAGCCGAACGUGACUGGAAAGGGUUGUUCCAACUCAGAGACAAUACGCCGAUUCGGCUGAAACACGCAGAUCCUAAUGAUAGAGGCCCUUUGGAUACGCAGCAUUAUAUUGGGCCAGACAAUAACUUUUACUGGUCCACGGGAGCUCAGGUCAGCUUCGUGUUUAAUCGUCCAGCAGGCAUGAUUUUCAUUGCGGGUUUCCAAAACGUCAGGACCGAGUUUGUGGCCGUUCACCAUUACCAGCCCAAAAUAGCCGACCUUCCCAAGCUUCGAUUUCUCUCUGAUUUGCUCUGGGUACAUUGGCAUAGCUACAGCAGUUCAUACAUCAGCGAGCUGAAGUACUUUGCCAUUGCACGAAUCACAAGUCUACAAAGUCAACAGAUGAUUGCGUAUGCUUUGGCAAAACGUGGCAUCAUAACCCCGCUUCCGGGAUGGCCUGGUGUCACUUUCACUGCUGAUGAGGAAGCGGGCAAAGCACUCAUAGGCUCACUUGGCAUGAGUUGCGCACAACUGCUUUUCGCUCACAAGUGGAUUCUCGGUCUCAAGCACAUAUCCAAAGUCACUGUAUUCCGAGAUACAGAGAAUGAAUGGUAUCCACAGGCCGUUUUUUACAUUGAACCUGUUCCUGACAACCUCCUCAUUCCACAAGAGGAUGGAAAUUGGCAGCCGUAUCCUACAGGCGUUUCGGCAGCUAUUGUAGACCUAGACACUCGAGCUGUGGCAGAACCCGGUCCUUAUCAGCGUGAUGCUGAUGGCAAUUUCUUCCGGCUCCAUGACUUGACGCUUGGAUCUUAG